AUGACUCAAGAGGCUGAAGACAAGGAAAAGAUUGAGAAAGCCUUUAUGGCACAAGUAAAAAUAGAUCACAAAGUUUGGUCCUCGGGAGAUGAUGAUGAAGACAAUGACAACAAAAGGAAAAGAGGCAAACUAUGUCUGGUUGCAAAGGAGAAGACUGAAGAGAUGAAGAAAAACUACUGCUUCAUGGAAAAGGGAAGAACCAUCAACAUUAUUAAACAAGCAAUGUGCGAGGAGGAUCACGAAACAGAAUGGUUGAUAGAUAGCUCUUGCUCCUUGCACAUGACAGGAAGGUCACAAUACCUUUGUGACUUUAAGGCAGACACAAAUGGUGGUCACGUAACUUUUGGAAAUGAUGCAAAUGGAACCAUUCAAGGAUAUCGCCUCCUAACAAAUGAAAACUUCUCAAUUCAAAGAGUUGCCUAUAUUGAAGGGUUAAAACGCAAUCUCAUCAGUGUUGGGCAACUCUGUAAAACUGGUCAUCACGCUGAAUUUGAUGAUGAAUACAACUGCAUGAUGACGAAAGAUAGAUAA